GUGAUGCGCUCAUAUCUCGGAGAAAAUUAAGCUUCAGAUAUGAACAACAGUGGGCGUUAUAUUUUUCUGGAUGUAAAUAAUUCUCCUUGGAACUGGAUAUUCAAUUUGGUUUUCUUCAUGGAAAAGAACACAUGGUAACGAAUAGGGGAUGACAAAGAGAAUGGGAUACCGAGACUGGGGAUGGCUGGCUCUUUGGUGGCAUCAUUUCUUUCUCUUGUGGAGUACAAUAAACGGACAGACUCGUUACAGUAUCCCAGAGGAGCUAAAACGGGGAUCCGUGGUAGGAAAUAUUGCAAAAGAUCUGGGUUUGGGACUGUCUGAAAUUUUUGACCGUGACCUGCGUGUCGCGUCUGAGGCUGGAGAGCAGUAUUUCAGUGUGGAUGCGGGGAAGGGCGAGCUGGUGGUGAAUGACAGAAUAGACAGAGAGGCUUUAUGUGGACAAAGCACCAGCUGUGUAUUGCCUUUGCAAAUAAUUCUUGAAAAUCCUCUAACUUUACAUCGAAUUGAGGUGGAAAUAAAAGAUAUAAAUGAUAAUUCUCCAAGCUUUCAUACAAAGGAGCUGUCUUUGAAAAUUGCCGAGUCCGCAGCAGUGGGAACUCGUCUUGUUUUGGAGAGUGCAGAGGAUUCAGACGUUGAAAGUAAUUCGGUAAAAUCCUACACACUGACGAGAAAUGAGUGUUUUACGUUGAAAAUGAAGGAGGUUGAGGAUGGCAAAGCAGUGCCCGAGUUAGUGUUAGAGAAGCCUCUUGAUCGAGAGAAGAAGGCAGUUCAUCAGCUACUGCUGACUGCGUUAGACGGGGGGAACCCAGUCAUGUCUGGUACCUCACAAAUAACCAUCACAGUACUUGAUAAUAAUGAUAAUUUCCCAGUGUUUGAAAAAAAUACAUAUAAAGUUUCUUUACAAGAGAAUACUGCAAAAGAUACAUUUGUAAUUAAAAUUGCAGCGACAGAUGCUGACGAGGGCCCAAACGGAGAAGUUGAAUUCUCAUUUGGUUCGCGGACUCCCGAAUCCGUGUUAUCAGUAUUUGACAUCAACCCAUUAAAUGGAAAAAUACAUUUGAAAGGCGACUUAGAUUAUGAAAAAGCCACGUCCUACAAAGUUGAAAUUAUGGCAAGAGAUAAGGGUGUUCCCGAAAUGGAGAGUCACUGUCGUCUACAGAUAGAUAUUUUGGAUAUAAAUGACAACACUCCAGAAAUUGUUCUCACCUCUGAACCAAAGCCAAUUCGUGAAGAUGCACCUAGUGGCACAGUUGUGGCUUUGCUCAAUGCACGUGAUGCUGACUCCGGUGAUAAUAGUAAAGUAAUACUGAAACUACCCCAAGGUUCUCCUUUCACUCUAAAACGAUCCUAUUCUAAUAAUUAUGCGCUGGUUACCAAUGGUCCUUUAGACAGAGAGAGAUCUACAGAGUAUAAUAUAGAGAUAACAGCCACUGAUUCAGGAUCUCCUCCUCUGUCCAGUAAGAAAAUCAUACCUGUCACUAUCACCGAUGUGAAUGACAAUGCUCCUGUAUUCAGUCAACGAACCUAUACUGUGUAUUUAAAAGAGAAUGGAGUACCGGGCUCUAUACUGUACUCAGUAUCAGCAUCUGACCUGGAUAUUGACGAAAAUGCAAAGAUCUCUUACUCUAUACUGGACUCUAAAGUGCAGGACGUUUCUGUCUCAUCUUAUGUUUACAUUAACUCAGAUAACGGCAGCAUCUACAGCAUGCACUCGUUUGAUUAUGAGAAACUGAAGGUGUUUCAGAUUCAGGUUCAGGCAAAGGAUCAGGGCUCUCCGUCUCUCAGCAGCAACGCCACUGUCCAUGUUUUUAUCCUAGACCAGAACGACAAUGCCCCCGCUGUUAUUUACCCCUCCGCCGCCGCCCUGGGCUCCCUCUCUCAUCAGAGGAUGCCCCGCUCCGCUAAAGCGGGUCACCUGGUUACCAAGGUGACGGCCGUGGACGCUGACUCUGGCCAUAACGCCUGGAUCUCCUACAGACUGGCGGAGGCCACAGACGCCUCUCUGUUCACUGUCAAUCUGUACACAGGGGAGGUGAGGACUAAACGCGCUGUGUCCGAGCAGGACGACUCCUCUCAGAGGUUGCUUAUAGAGAUCAAGGACGACGGGGAACCGAUCCAGUCCUCCACAAUGACUGUGUCCAUCGUGCUGGAGGACGGUCUCCAUGAGCCCAUCUUAGACCUCCGACAUAAAGCGGCCGAGCCCAGCAAGAAAACUGGGAGAAUCACCCUUUAUUUGAUUCUCUCUCUGGCCUCGGUGUCCGUGCUGUCUCUGCUGACUUUUCUCAUCUUAGCGGUUAAAUGCAUCAGGAGCAGCAGAAGCAGCGGUAAUUGCUGCAUGAGACGGACCGACUGUGAUGAUUACAAGAACCCCAACAGAAACCUGCAGAUUCAGCUCAACACUGAUGGACCUAUAAAGUACGUGGAGGUCCUGGGAGGAGACAUGUUGUCUCAGAGUCAGUCCUUCAGGUCCUGCAUGUCUCCAAUGUCAGAGUACAGUGAUUUCACUCUGAUUAAACCCAGCAGCACCACAGACUUUAAGGAGGUGAUCAGUGUGCUGGAUGCGUCUUUACCGGACAGCACCUGGACCUUUGAGAGCCAGCAGGUGAGGAGAAAAUUAUUUUUUCUCUCUCAUUAUCUUAAUUAUCUCACCAUUUAA